UUAAUGUUGAUCCCGGGGGCCGCUUUUGUCCUACGAAAAAAACAGCGGAUCAGAAACAGCUAAAUGUUAAUGUUGAUUUGAUAAUGGAAUGUUGAUGAUGCUGUGUGUAGUAUCUGAUGAGCUGUCGUACGAACAAAACAACACAACAUGGUAGCAUGCUAUUGACACCAAAAUGAGUGAGUUUGUGGAAGAAGAUGAUAAUGAUAGGGUCAGAGCAGCUAUAGUUGCACGCUAUCAUAAAGGUCCUGAUGGUCCUAUUGAACCAUGGGAGGAUGCAAGUUUUAUUGUCUACCAAGUUUGUGAUAGAUAUGGAUUUCUUCACAAAAAUCCGUUGCCACAGCAUGAGCGUGAUGAAAAGCUUUUGGAAAUAGAGCGUGAACGUGCAAAGAAAUGGAUAAAAAUGUUAUCCAACUGGAAAGGGUACUAUGUGAUAGAUAAAUCUACUGAAAAAUUACGCCGCAGAGUCUUUAAAGGUAUACCUGAUAGUUUGCGUGGAGAAGCUUGGAAGAAAAUGCUGAAUUUAGAACAAGUUAUUCAAGAUGGUAUUUAUGACAAAUUUCUAGAACUUGCCUUAGAAAGCAGUCCUGAUAUUCGCCAAAUCGAUUUAGAUGUAAACAGGACAUAUAGAGAUCACAUAAUGUUUAGAGACAGAUUUAGUGUAAAACAACAGGCGUUGUUCCAUGUAUUGGCUGCAUAUUCCAUGUACAACACGGAUGUGGGUUAUUGUCAAGGGAUGAGUGGAAUCGCUGCUCUUUUGCUUAUGUAUAUGAAUGAAGAAGAUGCAUUUUGGGCGUUGUCUGAGUUGCUUACAGACAGAAGACAUAGCAUGCAUGGCUUGUUUGUGCCUGGCUUUCCAAAGCUUCUUCGCUUUCAAAAUCACCAUGACAAAAUUUUAAAGAAAAUGAUGCCUAAAAUGUAUAAACACUUGGAACGUGAAGGUGUGUAUACCAGCUUGUACACGUUAAAAUGGUUUAUGCAGUGUUUUUUAGAUAGACUACCUUUUUCGCUUGUGCUGAGAGUGUAUGACAUAUUUAUGUUGGAAGGUGAUAAAAUUUUAACAGCUAUGGCAUAUCACUUAAUUAAACUAUUUCGAAAACAAAUCUUAAAAAUGGAUCUUGAGGGUAUAGCCCCUUUGUUACAAGAAGAGAUACCGAAUCGUCAUUUUGUUGAUGACGAGAUUUUGGAAUCGUUACAAGAAUCAAUGAUUGAGCUCAAGAAAUCAAAGUUAGAUAUUCCACCGCCUCCAUCAAGUAACGAACUACCAACGAAACCACCAGGAACAUUGCCAGACAGAAAUUCCUUCAUUACAGCUUCCAAAAGGACAAAGAUGCAUCGGGACAGGACGAAUACAUUAGAAGUUCCCAUGGGGAGGCCACCAUCUCCUAAUAUGGAGUCUCCCAAGUCUAGUAGAAAGCAAGUUCUUCCUACCAAAAACGAGCACAAAGCUGAUGUUAUCAUUCCAUCACCAAACAUACCCCCAGCUCACGCACCUCAACCACUGCCUUCGUAUUCUGAGUUUAUCGAACAGAAGUUGUAUGAACACCAACCAAUGCCGCCUCGUUCUUCCAAUGUGUAUCACACUGACAGAAGGAGAUCGAAAGAACGAGAACGUAACGUGAAUGGUACUGAUGCAAAGUUUUAUGUUGAAGAUGACUUCACAGGGACGCAUUUUUCACAUCACACACGGUCACGUGUUUCUUCAAACGGAAGCAAUCAUGAGAAAGUCACAUCUUCUCACAACAGCCAAAGUUGGUCGACAGAACUACAAACGACUGCAAGUAGGAAUAGAAGUCAAGUGAACUCGGUUUCUUCUUAUGAAGACGAUCGUACAAAGCGUGACCAUUUUGAUGAGAGAUAUCAAACAAACGGUUAUGUAAGACCUUUAACUCCACCAAGAGAUUAUGACUAUGACUCAGAUGGUGAGAUUAGUGGUCGACAGUCAAGCAGUCAUCCGUAUCGUAAAGGAACUACCCAUAAAGUUUUGCAUACUAAUGUUUUAAAUAAUACUCGACAGUAUGCAACUGAAACAAGACUAUAGACUUCUGCGAGUUCACAUAUUUUUAAAGUUUUUCUUUGGUGCAAAAGGUUUCAUAAAUUUUUUAAUAUUUCUGGAAAGUUCUUUUUCAAUUCAGCUGCGCCCAAACGUCGAACUAAUAUUUUAUAAGUUUUAUGUAUCAGGUAAAAUAUAUACCAUUUUGCAUUAUGCAUAUAUAUAUAUGAACGUAUAUUCCAUGUGUACGAAUAUUCCCCCAAUUUCUAUAAAAUAAAAUUCUGGAUAUUAUUUGUUUUCGCUUAUUUAACAUUGUUAUUGUGGGUCGUUUUUAUGAAAAACAGAUGUCUCACUAAAUUAUCAAGUAAAAAAUAUCAAAAUAUUCUUCUCUACACAUUUUUAUUAUGAUGUUGUGAGAAGGUGUUUGUUUACAUUUUUCUUGCUUCUUUUUCUGUUUGUUUGCUCUGCACCAUUCGUGGGUAAAUUGUGUUGAGGGUAGUAUGAAACAUGUACAAAAAUGAUUUGAUUUUUACCGAAGUAGGAUUGAUAUUUUGUUUUAUGAAAUUUUAUUUCUGAUACGCGAAUAAAUAUAAUCAUAAUGUAUUUAUUUCAAAUUCAUGUUCAGUUAUAUUGGUUAUUUUUUCUCUUGCUCUUUAAAAUUUCUUGGAGAAUUCACUUCUUCCCAUAAACGAAAACGUAACAGCUUUGUUUUUUUUUUGAACACACUUCUUGAAGAGAUAAUUGCGUUGUUUCAUUAGUUUUGUAAGGAUAUGUACAGGUAUAUUAAUAUUGUUAUUAUUAUUAUUAUUGAUUUGACAAUGGUUGUCAGAGAAGAUUAUUCUUUUAAUAAACAACUUAGUGUA